AUGGAUAGUACAAUCAACGUCUGGCCUUCUGAGCCAUACGAUGUCAUUUUGAAGAACAUCUCCAUUAUCCAGACAAUAGCCAUGUUCUCAAUCAGCGGUGCUGGUGCUCUGGAGGUGGUGGUGUCUAUCUUCGAGAGUUUCAAAAAAUAUCGCGGGCUAUAUUUCUGGAGCAUGCAAAUCGCCGCCUGGGGUAUCUUUGUGCAUGCCAUUACAUCCCAGGCUCGCUUGAUGGGCCAAGCUUCCAAUCUCGCCAUGAUAGUUCCCUUUGCGAUCAGCUGGAUAUGCAUGGUCACUGGACAAGCGAUGGUACUGUACUCUCGAUUGCACUUAGUCGUUAACGAUGUCCGGCACAUCCGAUGGGUACUAUGGAUGAUCAUAGUCAACUUCGUCAUUCUCCACGCCCCCAUGACAGGCCUGUUCUUCUGCAUCAACCUUGGGGGAACGGAAUGCAUUCUCCCGGCUCAGAUCUAUGACCGUCUCCAAAUCGUCGGGUUUGCGGUUCAGGACAUCGUCAUUUGCACCAUCUACAUACGCGAGGCACUUAAAGCGCUCAAACCUAUCUUUGCAAUCAGGGGUCGCUCAGGGAGAAGAGUCAUUCACUGGCUUCUCUUCGUCAAUGUUUGCGGAAUAAUCCUCGACUUCUUAACCAUCGUCGCCGAAUUCAGAUACCACAAUAUGACCGUGGGUUUCAAGGUGCUUGCCUACUGUAUCAAACUCAAGCUUGAAUUCUUUGCUUUGACUCAACUUCGGGAUUUGACGCGCAGAUAUCCUUGCACACUAUGUCAAGUACCGGAAGGGAAUGCCCGAGGGUCCAGCGAAGCCAACAUCUUCGAUAUCUACACCAAUACUCACCAAUCAGAAACUGUGCAGGUGGGAAAUUCGCCCAGCUUUGUGGGUACUAUUAGCCCGCCACCACCACAGUCGACACGCAGCAGCACAUAUGAUUUUCACGAGGUGCUGCGACAGACGGUGUCUACCGAAAAUUCGGCUCAGUUGCAGACCAAUACCAUCUCUCCCAUUCGAUCCGAUACUAGGUCUACAGUGGAGAUGACAUUACUGCAGAGCCCCCAAUAA